GCAUAUCAUGUAUUGUGAAUAAAGCGUGGGGCCAACAAAAGCAGACGUAGCUUUCCUAGCUAGCUAGCUAGUUAGCUGUCAUCAGUGUUAAGUUACCAUAUCAACAGUGCACCUGUAAGGAUGAUAACGUCAGUUAAUUAGUACAUGACAAAAAGAAUACCGAAAAACGCAAAGUAUGAACAUGUCAAAACACGGUUGGACACAGGAUCCAGCCUUACGAAGUAUAUGGAAAGACUGGAGGACAUUAAAAAAAAUUACAGAUAUCGUAAAGAUGAAAUCUUCAAGCGGUUAAAGGUGUCAACAUUUGCACAACUGAUCCUUCAGGUAGCCUCAGUGUCAGACCUGAAUGAAAGUGAGAAUGACGGCCCAGAAGACAGUGUGUCAGUGAUGUCUGAUACGGACUUGGAGUGUCUGUCUGAACACAACUACGGCUCCAUAAAGGUGUCACCUCUUUCAGAUCGCCAGGAUGCAGGUGACGCCAGGGAUAUCUGCUACACUGCCAGGUCAACACUGCUAAGUGUUAUCAGUGGCGUGGGAGAGCUGAACCUCGACAGGAACAGUCACAAGAUGGAGAAUGAGGUGUCCAACCUCGAGCUGGCUGACAGACCUUACCCUGACUGCCCCUACCUGCUGCUGGACGUACGGGACCGCGACCAGUAUGAAGGCUGUCACAUUAUCAGCGCACAAAGUUUCCCCUCUGCCACACUAUCUCGGACAAUGAACCCCUACACCAGAGAGGUGCUGGAAUAUAAAAAUGCAGUAGGGAAGAUCAUCAUUGUGUAUGAUGAGGAUGAGAGAAUAGCCAGCCAGGCAGCCACCACCAUGUGUGAGCGAGGAUUUGAAAAUCUGUUUAUGCUGUCUGGAGGUCUCAAAGUAAUCGCUCAGAAGUUUCCAGAGGGGCUGACGACGGGCUCCUUCCCAGUCUCGUGCCUCUCCACCCCUGUGUCCCUGAAGGGGAAGAAGAGCUCCGUGCAACAGCAGCAGCAACAGCAGCAGGCGGCAGAGAAGAGGUUGCGGUUUUCAUCAGACGAGCUGAUCAAGAUCCAGGAGCAGCUGGAGGAGAUACACAUCCCAUGUAACAGUCGUAUGUCCAGCCGCAUGUCCACCGUCAGCUCCAAGUCUAAAACAUCCAGCAGCCAGAGUCGACAGAGUUCCUCCACCGCAGGAAGGGACGGCACCAGGGUUCAAAGCAGCAGACCCUGGAAAUAACCCCUCCCACCCUCAAACCACAGUCAGACGCACACAAACAAACGUACCUCCAACACAAAGUCCAUUUAUUUCAGGGUCCGCUCCGUUCCGUGGUCCCAUCUGCAAAAUCAUUCCCCACAGUCAGAGGUGGACAGGAAACCCCUCACCUGCUUCAUUACAGCAACUAGAGACAUUUUCCCGAAUAUUCUUCUCAAGUUUUGUGUUUUUAUGUUUAGGGAAUUACUGCACACACAGCCUGGGAAGUAAUAAACACUACGCAACAAUAAAGAAAUUUACAAAUAAUCUUCAUCUUCACAUCUGGAGAUUUAUGUCCGACUGUAGUAUUUUCCCCUGACUAGUUUUUUUUUCUUUAUUUCUUAAAAUAUUUAAUAAAUUGUGUACGUUUGAGUGCUGGCACGGUGCCUCAUCUGUGAAACUGAAAACUGAUGGAACUGAUUGCACUCAAAUUCCUUUUUCACCCCAUUGCUCUAUCAGUAUAAAAGCCACUGAAUGACAUUCCUAGAAGACUUAGAAUUUUAUCGCUGCAGACAUUAGAGUUGAAUGUUGAUGACAUGAAGGGUAUGCUGGGGAUUUCUCUAGUGCAUGAAGUGUAUUGUUUGUAUGAAUAAUGUUACAAAGCUGGAUCAGUUUUGUAAAAAGAGUUGUGCUGUAUUUUUGUGAAAUGUGUCAUACUGUCUUAUUAUAAUUCCUUAACUGACAGUGCACCAACAGCCUUUAUGUGCAACUUACACACUAAUGUUACUGAGACUGGUUUGUUGUUUUUUGCCUGUGUGUGAGGAUCAGUGUACUGUACGUUGUGAAUCUUAAUGAUUGAGGCCUUCACACAGAUCGCAGCGUCACUGAAGGAAGGAAACGGACGUUUGAUCCUCCAGAUACAUUUGAAAAACAGUAUUGCUAAUUUGUGGCCUUUUGUUUGACUUGAUUCACUCAGUCACCUAUGAAGUGCAUGGAAUGAAAAUAUGGACUUCUUUUUAGUGAUUAAUGUUGUGUUUUCAUCAUCAGUCUUAACUGAUUUUAACCAGCUGAUCUCAUGAUUUUUGGUAAAUUAAUGUUUAACAAUAAAGUAGAUGAUUGUCGUGAAAUGAUGAAUAUCAAAAUCUGAGUUAAAAAAGGGAAAAAUAUGAAAGCCUCCUGGAAACUCUAAUUACACUUUUAGGCUUGUAGUUUAUUUUUGUAUCCACAGUGACUCAGCCCAAAGUGAGGUCAAUAUAAUUUAUUUUCUUCCACCCAGUAUUGGAUAUCUUUAUAAAUUCAAGUGGGAUUGGCAUGAAAAGUGGCAGGAUCAGAAAUAUCAAACAAGACAGAAAUAAAGUUUCACUCUGUGCCACGCCCAAGGUUUAUACUGUGGAUGAAUUCAUUAAGUUGAAGGCUGGUUGAUGCAGACAGAGGUGAGAAAGGCAGAUGAAAAAAAAAAAAAAAAAAAUGUGUGUAACAUUCUUUGAAUUAAAAGGCCUUUGGAUAAUAAAAGAUAUAGAAACCG